GGGGAAAGCGUGGGUUGUCAGGGUGGCCCGAACAUGCUACGUUCAGACUGCCUGGGCGUUUUCACUUGCUUUUCCUUUUCAUUAGCAGAAGAAACUCUUAAUUCUGGAAAUAGCGACUCAGUACCAUGGCCAGCCGCGUUAGUGAAGAUCCAGAAGGAAGUCGAAUCACUUAUGUGAAAGGAGAUCUUUUCGCAUGUCCCAAAACAGACUCUUUAGCCCACUGUAUCAGUGAGGAUUGCCGAAUGGGUGCUGGGAUAGCUGUUCUCUUCAAGAAGAAAUUUGGAGGGGUGCAGGAACUGUUGAAUCAACAAAAGAAGUCUGGAGAAGUGGCCGUUCUGAAGAGAGAUGGACGAUAUAUAUAUUACUUGAUUACAAAGAAACGGGCGUCACACAAGCCAACAUAUGAGAACCUGCGGCAGAGCUUAGAGGCUAUGAAGUCCCAUUGUUUGAAGAAUGGAGUCACUGACCUCUCCAUGCCCAGGAUUGGAUGUGGUCUGGACCGCCUGCAGUGGGAAAAUGUGUCUGCCAUUAUUGAAGAGGUGUUUGAGGCAACAGACAUCAAAAUUACUGUGUAUACACUCUGAACAGAAGAAGAUUGUGGAUGAGCUCUUGGCCUUUUGUGUCAUCUCUACUUGGCUAUAGGACUAAGCAACUGAGGACCUUAAAAUGGGCGGAGAACAGUGUAUGGGGGGGGAUCUGUGUUGCAGGCCAGCUGGAGGCUUCUGUAUCCCAAGACUGAAGGCAUUGCACCCAGUGUGGUAGGAAGAUGUCACCGGGCCAGGAAACCGCUUACUAACCACUGUGCCUCUUUAGCUUCUCUGCUACUGGAUUUAUCUGGCUGGCCACUAGGUGGCAGCAUUGAUUCUAAUUCUCUUGUUUUUAAAGAGAACUUGUGGGAGAGGUAAACUAUUGAGAUUCUUUGGCAUCUUUUGUGUUUGUGUACUUGGUGCUAGUCUGAUGUCAUCAAAAUCAUCUUAGGAAAGGGUUAUAGUUAUUUUGUUGCAGUUACACAUGUAGGUCUGCACUGUCAUCAAGGAGUUUGUGGGGACAGGAGUGGAAUAAUAAACCUUUCUCUUGGGUUCACUGAA